AUGGCUGAUAAAAAGCAAUAAGUAUAAACAAAACCAGGUGUAAAAUUCUAGGAUCAACCUUCUAAUGUCUUAUAAGUAGAAAGCAAACCGUAAGUAAUUUACAAGAAUGCAACUGAAUAAAAGGAUCAAGCACUUAAGUAAUUUAAUAAAGUAACAGUUUUGAAUAAAAUUAGGUGUAAACAUUAUUUAAAACAUAUACGGCAUCAGAUCCAUAAUGUAUAAGAAAAGAUACAGCCUAAUCUUUGAAAUCUCUACUAGCAUCAUUAAGAGAUUGUAUGUAAGUUUUGAAUAUUGGGACAUUCGAAGAUAAGAAUUCAAAUUACUACCUGAUAUAUAAUGGAACAGUAUAUAUAUUUGAUAUAUGUCGAGUGUUAAGAAAAGUAAUAUAUACAUAAAUAAUUUAAUAGUCGAUAUACUAAUAUAUUGCAAUUGAAUUUCUUGCAUUUUGUAUAACAUCAAUGGAAGGAUGUUUGGUAUUAACAUCCAUAAAAUAUUUGGAUUGGAGAAUCAAGCUCUAUAUUGAAUUAGCGCACAUCUAUCAUUCACUUUAGUCAAAGGCAUGUGCAUAUAGAACAAUAGAUUUAGGAUUACAAAAAGUAUAGGAAUUAAGAGAGUUGGAAGAAAUGGAUCCUCCAUUGAUGGAUUAUAUGGAUAAGAUACUUAAAUAAAAUACAAGAUUAUUGAAGAUUUUAGAAUUGAAAUUUAAAGUAUAAGCAGGAGUAUUUACAAUUGAUUAAUGGAAAAAGAAGAUUGAAGAAUUUGGAUAAGAUAAAGAAGCAAGAUGUUUAGUAAUCAUUGAAUCUUUACGAUUCUCGCCUCCAAAUUUAUCUAAUACUGUCAAAUAAACACAUGUUGGAAAUUAAUUAAAAGAGUAAUUAGUUUAAGUUAGUUAUGAUAUUUUAAAAAAUGAUAUGGAAAAAAUUGCUAUUGCAUUAGAAUAAUAGAUGGAUAAAAUUACUAAGACUGUUGAAUUUAAAUCAAAAAAUAUUUUAGAUGAAUUAGAGAGAAAUGAUAUGACUAAAAAAAGAAGAGAAUUUGAAGCAUCAUUAAUUAAAGAAAAAGAAUGGAGAGCUUUAGCUGAAGGUUUACCAUUAGAAUAUUAAAUUGAAUUAGCACAUCAUGCUUAUGAUGUAGGAAAUAUCAAAGUCUUUGAAGAUAUAAGUAAUUCAGCUUUUGCUAGAUGUAAAUAUAGAAGAAUUGAAGUUCCUUAUAUUUAGGAUGUUAAUAUAUUGAUUAGUACUAAUCCUUAUCCAAAUAUUCCUAAUGGUUAUGAUAAAAUAUAAAUUGAUAUCAAUGAAGCUAAUCUUAGAACAGAAUUAAAAAGACUUAGAAAUAAAAAUAAAGGGGAUUAAUAAUAAUAAUAAUAGUAAACUUAAAAGAAAGAUGAAAAAAAAGAUAAUAAAAAAUAACCUUAAUAAUAAGAAUAAGAAAAAUAAUUAAUUGAUUAAGUUGGAUUAGGAGUUUAAGCUACAGAUUCAGAAUUGGCUUAGAUUAACCAUAAUUAUAUUUAUUUAGUUUAUAAAAAAUCAAUGACUCCUGAUAAUGCAAUUUAUGAAAUUGAUAUUGUUAUGGCUGAUGAAGAAUAAGGACCUCUUGAUAAAAUGAAUUAAGGAUAUAGAGCAAUUGCCAUUCCUAUAAAAUAAUAUACAGGAGUUAGAGAAAAAUAUAAAACAGUUCCUUAUUUAUUACUUAAACAUACAAUGAAUGAGUUAUCUGAUGAAAAUGAAAAAAUGUCUCUUUUGAUUGGAAUUAAACCAUUAUUUGGCAAGAAUCCUCUCAUUCGACCUGAUUUUGGAUAUUAAAAAAUCAAUUUAGAUCUCAGAUAAACUCCAAAAGAAUUUAUUAGAAGUCCAGGAAUGGAUUACAUUUACAUUACAUAUAAAACAGAUAAAUAUUAUUUUGUAAAAGAGCGAGAAUUAUAAAUAUUGAUUCAUUUUAUAAAAUUAGAAAAGUCAUAUCAAAAAGAAGUUUCUAUGAGUAUAGAAGAUGAUAGUAGAUUAGAAUUGGAAAUUUGUUAUGAUUUAUAAUCUUUGAAAGAAUUAAUGGAUAUGAUAAGUAGUUGUUUAGUGGGACCUUUAGGAAUUCAUUUCUUAAAAGAAAAAAGAGAUUUUUUAUCUUAAUUAGCAUUUUUGUUAUGGAGAAAAUAUUUCUUACCACCACUCUAUUAGAUGUAAUUUAUCUAAGAACUAUUGAUAACCUAAGAGAUGAGUAAAUAGGAUUAUAAUCGUUAUGAUAAAUUGAUAUAAUAAGCAAGAGAGAUUUUUAAGAAUGGAUUAUUGGUUUUGAAUGAAAUUUUAUUUAAAAUUCCUUAUGUUGAUAUCAUAUUGUUAUGUAAAGUAAAUUUAUCAUUGGCUAAAUUUUUGGAGGAGGAGAAGGAAGCAUAAAUAGCAGAAGAGAAUUUAAAAAUUUGUAUUGAUAGAAUAAUUCAGCAUAGAAAUUCACUUACUGUUAGAGGUGUUGAUUCUUAGAAAGAUUUAUUUUUACCAUUUGCAGUUACAUGUUCAAACUAUAAAAUAGAUGAAAUGAUGAAUAGAAUGAGAGAAGCUUGGAUAAAUUAAAAAAAUUAAAUAAAUAGAGAAAUUAGAAUAAAAAAUAGAUCAAAUAAUAAAAAAUAACAAUUAGAAGAUGAUGAAUUAAAUGAAGAAGAAUAUGAAUUACUGGAAGCAUAUCAAUCUUUAUUAGGUGAUGAUAACAAAGAUACAAGCACAUUAUAAAUUUAAUAGAAAAUCAAUGAAACUGAUUUGAUUAUAAAUGCUUUACAUGCUGAUCUAACUGUUGCAUUAUAUAGAUGUUAAUUAAAAGCUGGUUUAGAUAUUCAAAAGAAUUCAAUAAAAAAAAGCUCUUUAGAAGAAGAAGUUGAAGGAGUAUCUCAAGCUAUUCAAAAAAAGAUGUCUAUAAUGCAAGGAGAAACUGCAUAAACUAUAAAAAAAAACGUAAAUCAAUUAUAGAGUACACUUUAAAAGGAAGGAAAACUAAAACCUCCAAAACCAGUGAUUCAUUAAUUUGAAACUGAAAUUAUGAAUCUAGCUAAUAAAAAUCCAUAUGCGAAUUGUUUAUUGUAUAUGCUUUUGGCUAGUAUUAAAUAAAAACAAACAGAAUAGAGAUCUUUUUUAGUUGAUUCUUUGAAAUUCUUGUAAUAAGCAGAGAAAGAUGAAUAAUUACAUAUUGAAAAUGGAAUUAAUGAUGCUAUUUUUGUAAUGUCUACAUUAUGUGAUAAUAUUGAUACUUAAAGCACAUCUAAUAAUGUAUUUCCAUAUAGUAUGUUAUAUAAUCCAUAAUACAUUAAAUCAACCUAAGUACCACGUAAACCAAUUUUAAUUAGCAGAAAUUCAGAAUCUGUUACUUUCAAAUUACCACCUUUUAAACCUAAAUUAUUGGAUAUGAUAGCAAUUGAUUAAGCAAAAAAAACAAUAACAAGUAUGGCUAUUUUUGGAAAAAUAAGUGCAAAUGGUGUUAAUGUAUCAUUGACUUGUAAUGAUUUAAAUAACACAGGAAUAAGAUAAAAAAUAGGUGCAAUAGUUACAAUGAAUGGAUUAUAAAGGAAUGAGAAAUAUUGUUUUGCUGUUGCUGCUUAUGAUGGAACUGAAGGAGUAUCAAAUGGAAUAGGUGAAACAGGAGAUGAUAUAACUACAUUACAUCCAUUACCAUUACCUUUAUUAGCAUCUUACUUAUGUAAAGUUGCUUAUUAAUUAUCAAAUUUUGACAUUUGUGAGGAAGCAGCUGAUUUUUGUAUAAUGUAAUUUACAGAAGAUAGUGAAUUCAUAGAUCGUUAAUUACAUAAUUAACUUAAUCCAAUUCAUAUAAAAAGAUUACUCUAAUAGAGAAUUAAAUCUGUAAGUUUAAUGGAAAUUUAGAAUUUGACAGAAACCUUAUUAAUAAAAGCAAAAUGUUUAUAAAAGAAAAUUACAAAUACUGGAACUUAGGCUUAGAAACAUAUUGUCUUAUUAAAAAUAUGCAAUUAUUUAUUGCUUUCAUUAGAGACUUCAUUAUGUUGCAGACAUUUCACUAUUGCAAAAAGAAUAGUAGCUGAAUUAUAUAAUAUGUUAGAAUCCUUUUAAUAAGAAAAACCUUUAUAGGUAUUCCACUUAUUAUUAAAAGCAUAAAUAAUAAUUGUUGAAAUUCCUAAAUAAUAUUGGGAUGCAAAUUUACGUAUAUUAUCAGCUAAAUUUACAUAUGAAAUUUUAAAAGUUUGUAUGAAGCUAAAUGAAAUAACAUUAGGAAGAAGAGUAUUAACUGCAGAAUUGUAAUCAUUUAAUAGAAAGUGGUAUUAAGUACCUAAGAUAAUUAUGAUUGAAUAAGUAGAAGACACUAAGAAAGAUACGAAAAAAGAUGUAAAAAAAGGAGGUAAACCAUAAUAAGUAGAUGAACCUGCUUAGCCACCUAAAUAAGUACCGAAAUUAAUUCGAGAAUUAUAUGAAGUUAAUUCAACUGUUUAAGAUUACUUAGAAGAAACUCUAUUAGCUAUGAAUGAUGAAUUUGGAGAUUACGUACCUUCAUUUGUUGAAAAAUGGAAAGAAUAAAUUGAUUAAUUAAUACCUUAUAUGGAAAAUCCAUCAGAUCAAAUUGAUAAAAUAUUUAGUGAAUUAUCAAUUAGAUUAGAAUAUUGGGAUUGCAUUAAGGAUUUAUCAACAGCCACUUAAAAAUUACCAAAAUAACAUCCAAUUUAUAUAGAAAUGUUAUGUAAAUUAAUAAGGAGAAUGAUUUAAAGUAAUAUAGAUUAUAAAAUUAUUUUGCCAUUGGCUGUUUUUAAUGAACAAUUUUAACCUAGUGUUGCCAUCUCUAAUGAUAUUACUUCGAUUUAAUAAAAAUGUAUCCAAUUAGAUAUUGAAUUUUAUCCAGCAUUAUUGCCAGAAUUGAUAGAAGAUAAGAAGACAAAUAAGGUAGGGAAUGAUGAUGCUAUUCAAUUAUUUGAAGAAUAUAAUUUAAAAAAGACUUAAUUAUUAGAACAAUUAAAGGUUGAAGGAUAAACUAUAACUAGAUUUGGAAUAAUGUCAAAGGCAAAACGAUUUGAAUAUAUAUAAUUAUGGAGAAGUGAGUUAAGUUUUUUGAAAGCUAUAUUAUCUUAUAAAAGUAAUAGAAUUAGAUUAGUUGAUGUGGAUUGUUUUGUUUCUGUCUUUAAUUUAGAUAUUGAUCAUUUGAAAGAAUAAAUCAAUGAAAAUGAAUCUUAAAAAUAGACUAAAUAAUAACAAUAGGCACUUUAAUAAUAAAAAGAAUAACAAUUAUAAUAGCUUUAACAAUAAACUUAGUAAAAGUAACCUCCUGCAAAAUAGCCUCCAGGGAAAUAAUAAGUUUAAUAACCUGUAGUAGAAUUGAGUGAGGAGGAAGAAUUAAUAUAAUUAUCUACUUAAAUAAUUAAGAAUGUGGCAGAUGCUUGUGGAUUUGCAAUUUGGAGUAAAUAAUAUAUUGUAAUGUUAAACCAUGUGAAAUUUUUGUAUAAUUUUUUAUUAAGAGAAUAAAUUAGUCCAUUCAUUCAUUAAGGAUAAUGUUGGUAAGAUUUAUGUUUUAUUGGGAAUUGUAUAAAUAUGUUAAUAAGAGAAGUGAAGGAUCAUGGUUGGUUUUAAGUAAAAGAAUAGGCAGAGAAUGAAUUAGCAUUAUAACCUCAUUUAACAUAAUAGGACUAUGUAUUUGAACCACCUUUACCUAAUAUUGAACCAAUUCGACCAUCUUUACUUACAUAAUUAUCAAAAGAUUGUUGGUUUAGUAAAUAUAAAGAUAUGGAUUUAUUGGCUAAUGUUAUGGCAUAUAUAGUUUAAUCUUUGAUGGUAGAAUAGAAAUGGAAUAGCUUAAUUGGUAUAUCUAGAUAAUUUUGUAAUUUAACGACUCAUUAUUAUUCAUAAUAUAUUUUACCAUUUACUAUUCAUGCAUAGACUAUCUUAUUUAAAGAAGCUUAGAAUAAAACAUAAUUAAAGUAAGAAGAAUUGAAUGCAAGAACUCAAGCAUUUUAGGUUUGGGAAUAAACAAAGAAAAAGAAGACAAGAUCUUCAUUAUUGACUCAAGAAAUACCAUAAGAAGAAUAAGAUUAUCGUGCAGAUAGAGAAAUGUUAUUAUAGUAAAUUCAUUUGUUAUAGUAAAAACAAGAUUUUAUUGAGAAUUAACUAAAAAUUAGUGAAAAACUUAUUUAAGAAAUAAAUAGAGAUGCUAAUUAAGCAUUAGAGAACUUAAAAUAAGCGAGAAAAUUGUAUGAAAAAUUUGCAAUAGAUGAUGAAUUGUUAAGCAAGGAAAGUAUACAAUUAGAAUUUAAUUCUGAAUAGUAUCUAUUGAAAUAGACUACAAUAGAUAAAAAGUAAUUAUAAUUGAUGGAUUAGACAUUAAAAUAAAAAAAGAAGAAUCAUAAAUAGUUUGGAAUGUAAGUUAUAUCUAAAUAUAAAUUAACAUGUGAAUUAUUACAUAAACGAUAAGAGAAAUUUGCAUAGGCAUUGGCUCUAAAAGAAUUGGGUUCAUUGAAUUUUGCAAUGUAAAAUUAUGCGUAAGCUGAGGAAUCAUGGAGUGAGAGUUUAGAUACAAUAUUUCAAAGAAUAUUUGUUUUAAAGAGUAGUGCUUUUAGAUAAAUAAUUCAGGAGUGUAAUAAGAAUAAUUAAUUGCUUGCAUAAACUUAUGGAAUUUAAUAAUGUUUAAUUGGAGUUACUCUAUGUUCAAUAUUAGCCUAUAAUUGUUAUUAUUCAAAUUGUCAUUAAUAAAGAGAGAGUGCUAUAUUGGCAUCUGAAUUAGUUUCAUCAGUAUUAAAAUUGUAAAUGAUAAAUGGAUUAGAUUGGUAAGCCUUUAUUCAUUCAAAAGAAGUUGCUAUAGGAAAUAUUUUUAAUGAUAGAUAUGUUUUAGAUCCUGCUGAAUUAGCAUUAGCAUGUGAGAGAUGUGCAUGGUUAUUAUUAGAUAGAGAUGAAGCUUUAAGAGCUAUUCCAUUGAUUAAUUUACUUGGUGAAUUAAGUAAUAGAUUAUAAAGUAAUUUCUAUUCAGUCCGUGCUAAAUUAUUACGAUCAAUAGCAUUAUCAUCUAUUGGUUAUAUUAAUUAAGCCUAUUAAGCAUUAUUAUAAAUAGCAAAUGAAAAAGAUUUACCUGAUUAAUCUAAUUCACUAUGGCAAUCCAAAGUUUCUGGAAAAUGGUGGUAUUCUAAUUUAGAAUGGAACAAUUCAAUACCUCCUUAUGAUGAAAAACAUACAUAAUUGACUGAAAAAAUACUUAAAGAAUUAGAAUUAACUAGAGAAUUUGGUUUGAAAUAUGGUUUAUAAAAUGAAAAUGUUUUUAAUUAUGCUGUUGCUCUUUUAGUUUACAAUAUACAUUCUGGAGAUAUUAUUGAAAAAUGGGAAAUAAAUGAUCUAAGAUGUAAGUUUUUAAUAAAAGUUGAAUCAAUAUUAAGAAAUACUCUUAAUAAAUUGAAUUAAGAAGAAUAAAUAGAAUAAAGAAUAUUAACUAAACCAAAAGAAGAAAUAUUAGCUGAUCCAAAAAUGGAAGAUUAUUAUCAUUUGUAAGGUACAUCAAAAUAAAUUGGAGUUACUAAUAAUUAAGAAGGAUUGACAUAUUUAUAAAAAAGAGAAGAGAGAAUUUAUAUGAUGGCAAGAUCUAGAAAUUUAAUGGCCAAACUGAAUAUUAGUAUGGGUUAAAUUACUAGAGCAUUAUAUAUAUUUAAGUAUGCAAUAGAAAAUUUAUAAUUAUACACACUUGAAUUGUAAGCUAAUGAAAAUGGUGAAGAAUAAGAGAAUUUACCAUGGGAUUAAUUAAAACCUUAAGGUGUAAUCGAAGAUAAAAAAGGAGCCAAAAAAGCACCUGAAAAGAAAGGAAAAGAAGGUAAAGAAUCUAAAGAUAAACCUAUUGCAGAUGAAGUACCUGUUGUAAAAAGUGAUGCAUAAAUUAAAUUAGAAGAAACUAUCUUAUCAAUUGUUGAAGCUAGAAAAACUAGGCAUUCAUUAAAUAUAUAUUAUUGGAUUAAAUUAAGAACUGAAUUAACUUUAUUAUUAUAUAGACAUAAUAGACAUGAUGAAGCUUUAGAAUAUAUGGAUACUUUAAUGAAUGAUUGUAAAUAAUUUAAUGAUAAUUAUCAUUAAAGAUUAAUCAUAGAAUAUUAAGCUAGAAUUCAAUUCAAAAAAGGAAAAUCUGUUGAAUCAAUUAAGAAAUUUAAAGAAGCUAUUGAAAUUGGCUAAAAGAAUUUUCAUCAAGAUCCUUAAAUGAUUGUACUCUAUGGAGAUCUUGGAGAAAUAUAUUAUGAAAAAAAUGAAUUAUAAGAAGCCAAAUAAUAAUUCUAUGAUGCCUAUUAAAUGGCUGAACAAUUAAUGUAAAUGAUUAAUUAUGGAUAUGGAGUUGUACCUAAUUGGAAUUAAAAAAGUGGAUAAGAAAAAAUAUAAAUCUGCUAAGAUUUAUGUGUACCUAUGGAAAUAGAAUAAGAAAUAUUAAAAAAGACUGAUAAAUAAAUUAAAACAACUAAAAAAGAUGAAAAGAAAAAAGAUGAUGGAAAAGUUGUCAGAAAAGGAGCAGACAAAUAAACAAAAAAAGAAAAUGUAGAUAAACCAUCAAUGCCUAUUAAAGGAUUAAAUUAAUUACCUAACUAUAAUUUCAUUUAACCAACUAAACUCACAUAUACUACUGUAGAUAUUGAUACUAUUAAUAAUACAUAAUAUUAAUAUAAUUGCUAUUUAAAGAACAUUGAAUUAUGGUAGAGAGCAGCAUUAAGAUAUGUUGAUAUUAUGAUUACUUUAAAUUAAGCAAAUGAAAAUUCUACUAUAUCUAUAGACUCAUAAGAAUCAUCUGUAGCUUCAGAUUCUGAAAGUGAUAAAUCAUCUGUUAAAGACAUUUUUGAUAUUAACAUAAUUAGUGACAUCAUUAAUAAAAUAGAUACUUCAAUUAGUAAAAGCAUUAAUGUUCCAAUUAGUUUCAGAUUAGAAUUAUAUUUCUUAUAAAGUAAGAUAUUUAAAAUGAAAUUUGUUUAAUUAUUGUUAAAUUUGCAAUAAAAAUACUUUAUGAAAUAUUUGUCAGGAAAAAAUAAAAAAUAUUCAGAUUUCUAUGAAAAAAGACCUCAUAGAGAUUUGGUUAGGAAUAAAUACUUUUUAUUAGUUCCUCCUUUCUGUUAAUUACUAAAAGAACAAGGAUUAUAAUAUCUAAUGCAAGCAAAAGAAAGUUUAUCUAAAGCUAUAAGUGUAAUAAGAGGAGAAGCUGUUUUAUUUGAAUUUAACAGAAAACCAGAAGAAAUAUUAGUUGCUAUGGCUGAAAUUUGCUUAUUUAUUAGAGAAUACAGAGUUAGACAAGGAUAUAGAUAUGUUAAGGUUGAUUACUUGUAAUCUUUAAUAAAUUCUAAAAGUAAUAGUUUUUAUUAAUUUAUUUUUAGAUACUGAAUAAAACAAAAUAGACUUAGAAUAAUAAUUAAUUAGUAUGGAAAGAUCAGAUAGAUUGGAAUAAUUAAACUUAGAAUUAGAAGCAUAAAGUUAUCUUAAAUAUGCUAUUGAAUUAGUUAAAGCAAGACAAGAAUUAUUAGAAAACUUUGCUGCAGUUGCAUUAACACCUUUGCCAGAUGUUAACAAAUUGGCUCUGGAAAUUUAUACUGAAAUUAUUGAAUAAGACUAUUAAUAUAAGAAAAAGUACAAUCCUAUGUUAUUUGAUGAAUCAAAAAAGAAAGUAGGUGUUUCAUCAAUGGACGUUUUAUAGUUCAUUUAAAAAGUAUGGAGAGAAGCUAAAGUAAUGACAUUUAGUGGAGCAUAUUUAUAAAGAAUGAUUUCAAAAACUCAUCGUUUCUUAAAAUUACAUAUGUAAUCAUAUCAAAAAUGCUUAAUAACUUCCUUAGAAGUAGCUCCUAAAAAUGAUGUUAAUGCUGUAUUUAUUGAUGAAGGCACAAUUGUUACUAAAUUAUUCUAUAAUCCAGUUGCUCAUGAAUUUAAAGUUCUUUAUGUUUUGGGAGGACUUAAUAAAGAAAAAAUUAUUACUUCAUUAUCAAAAGAAGAAAAAGAUAAACUUAUUAUUUCAGAUGAGAAAAACGUUUUAUAUGGAAGCAUAUAUAUUACUGAUGCUAAUAUUUCUAUGCUCUUAUAAGAUGCUCUCAAUUUGCAAUCUAAAAUGAAAGAAUCAGAUUAACAAUCAUAAAAAAUGAAAGAAAGAGAUUAUAAACAUCAUAAAAAAGCAUUUUAUAAAAUUAUUGAAUAACUUGGAUUCUAUUUCUUUUAAAAACCAAGUAAUUUAUUUUUUUCUAUUUAGGUACAAUCUAAAUGUAAAAUGGAUAACCUACUGAACCAGUUAAAAAGUCUGUCGCAUUCAAAAAAUCAGAAUCCUUUAUGUAAGAGUAAAAUGAACCUGAUAUUCUUGCCAAAUAUGAAGCUAUUGUCCCAGAAUUGACUCAUGAUAACAUUGCUGUUUUAAUCAACUUAUUCAAUGAUUUAGGAGUUUUGGCCAUUAAUCAUAACUAUUUAGCAAUUUUAAGAUAUUUCCAUCAUUAAAAAUACAAAUGA